AUGGACUGGGCGACGCUCUCUUUGGUCGUCGAAUUGGCGCUGGCAGACGCACGGGACGUCGGCGUCGAGACUAUCGCGCCGGCAAGUGAUGCUGAAAUGGCGGCGGUCACGCAGCACAUCGCGCAGCUCGGUGUGCUCUUGCAUACUGUCGACGUUAUGGUGGGUACCGAUCUCAACGCUGGCGUCCACGGUGAUCAAGUCCACGACGAGGCAGUGGGGUUGGCUCAUCGAUUGACUUCCUUGAGAACUUUGUUGCAAGCCCGUCUUGAUGUCGGUGUCGCCUGUUGUGUGUGUCUCCACGUCCAGCCCUCGGCGUUCACAGCCCCGUGCAACCAUGAGCACUGCCUGCCGUGCUUGAGAGCGCUCAUCGUGUCAGCCACCGACGAUGUCGCGCGCCUCCCGCUCGCGUGCUGCCAACAGCUCUGGGAUCUCGAUGCCAUUGCUCGCACCGAGGCGCUGGCCCACGACGCGAUGCAGCGGUUGCGCGACCGAACGGAAGAAGCGACAGCGGACCGACCAGUCUACUGCCCCAACACGGCGUGCCCCGUCACGUUUGUGAGCGCGCGGCAUAUUGAUGGCAACGAGAGCUCGGUCGUGUGCCCAGGAUGUCGCCGCCGCAUCUGCACUCUAUGUUCGGCCCGCAUGCACGAAGGGACGUGCGACGACGCGGCCGACGCGAGCUUGAACGCACUCGGCGCCCGAGAAGGCUGGCAGCGCUGCCCGCACUGCCGGCGCAUGGUCGAGCUUGUCGACGGCUGCAACCACAUGACGUGCAUGUGCCGCACCGAGUUUUGCUACGUGUGCGCUGCGCGCUGGAAGACGUGCGGCUGUCCGCAUUGGCACGAAAACCGAUGGCAAGCCGUCGCACGGCCGCAGCACGCUGGUCCGCAGGCGUAUGGACAGCAGCGAGUCGCCGCAGGUGCGCGACAUCCGCGUGGGGCCAUUCGGCAAUGGCUUGAUAAUUUGCACUUGGGCUAA